GGAAAGACAGUGGAUCGGGUGCGUAGCUAUUCUCCACUUUGAACGAAUUGGACUUGAUGUCAAACUGCGAUGGAUUUCCUUACUUUCCUUCUGCUGAGCUUGGCUAUCCCCCCUGUAUCAUUGAUGCCCCCACCAACUGUAGCAGAUGUUAUUGGUGAAAGAAAGGACAUUCCUGAAAUAAACAAAGGUUUAAAUCUUUGGGAAGGCGAUAUCAUGGAGAGUAAAUCUGAACUUCAAAAGAGUACGAUUUUGGGGAACGAAUACCGGUGGAAGGAAUACAUCCCCUACAUGCUGAACGAAAGUCUCAGCAUAAAUUACAAAGGAGUCAUUUUAAGAGCCUUCGAGCAGCUGAGACUGAAAGCAUGUAUUGACUUUAAGCCCCGGACAACAGAGAAAGACUACAUAUCUGUGGAAGGUCUAACUGGGUGCUGGUCAUAUAUUGGGAAAAGAGGUGGAUGGCAGCAGCUCUCUAUUGGAAGUGGGUGUGGACUGAUCGGUAUUGUAGAGCACGAGUUUCUUCAUGCUCUGGGCUUCUUCCACGAACAGAGCCGAUAUGAUCGGGACAACUACGUAACCAUCGAAUAUGCAAACAUCAUUAAAGGAAAGGAGCAUAACUUUAAUAAGGAGCUUGAGAAUGAAAGCACCACACAGGGAACUCCAUAUGAUUACACAUCUGUGAUGCACUACGGACAAGAUGCUUUCUCCAAUGGGAAUGGACACACCAUCAACACCAAAGUCCCUCAGUUCCAGGAUGUUAUUGGCCAGCACUAUGACCUGAGCCCUAUAGAUAUGCUUGAGCUCAGCAAGCUCUAUAAAUGCAAUGAAUCUGUCUCGUUCCUGGACCGCUGUAGCUUUGAAGGCAGCAGGUGUCAGAUGUCGACCUGCUCUUCUGCUGCAAAUGGAUGGGUGAAUGCAAGCAGCGUAUCUGGAGGGCCAUUUAGUGACCACUCCAACCUGGAGUCAAUAGGUGUUCCCCUCAUGUCUGUGAACACCACCUCAUCAGGGCCGUCUUUCUUCAUGCACUUCAGCACAAAGGCUGGACAGGAAGGAGACUCAGGUCGACUGGUAAGUAAGGAGAUGACACCCCGCAGAGGCUGCCAUGUCCAGUGCCUGCAGUUUUUCUACUAUCACAGUGGGAAUGAGACUGACCAGCUCAACAUCUGGAUAAGAGAGUACCAGAAUGAUACUGAUACCAUAGGAACCCUCAGACUCAUGGACCAGAUCACAGGAUCUCCCACUAAUCACUGGCAACUCCACUUUGUUCCGCUGAAUGCGGGCAAGCCAUUCCUAGUGGAAUUUGAAGCACGGAAAGGAGCCAGAUAUUCCAGCGGAGGGUUCUCAGUGGACGAUAUCAACCUGUCAGAAUCAGAAUGUCCUCAUAAUGUGUGGCAGAUCAGGAACUUCAUGGAGCUUUGGAACAACUCUACACCUGGCACUUUCAAGUACAGCCCAGCCUACUACUCCCCUGACGGCUAUCGCUAUCAGAUACUUCUGAGACUGACUCAGGACUUCGUUUACUUCUACGUGCGACUGGUAUCUGGUGUCUAUGAUGACAAGCUGCAGUGGCCUUGCCCAUUAAGACAAGUGACUUUAGUACUGCUGGACCAGAACCCCGACAUCCAACAGCGCAUGUCGGACCAAGAUAGCAUCACUACUGACACAUCACGUAGACAGUUUUGGGGCAGGCCUAGUGAAGUUGGAUUUGAAGUAGUUACUGGUGAUAACGAAACUGUAAAAGCAAAUACUGAAACGCCAUUUCAAAUGCUGUUGAAAAAAGGCCGUUCUAAUGACAGAGAGUUUGUCAAAGGAGGUGAUCUCAUCCUACUCAUCAGCAUGCAAGAUGUCUCAGCGCUGCAGCAGGAUAACUCUCUGCCCUGCCCUAAAGUAUCAGUCAAGAACUUCACUGUCUCUCCUUAUCAAGGUGCUCAAGAAGGAUCCUGCACACCACGGGUUAUUUCCACCUCCUCUACAAUCACAAAUAUAACUACAACUCCACCAAGCAACUGCUUGUCCAUGGUUUGUUCUAAUAUUAUGCUAAUAUUGUGCAUCCUUCUGUCGACCUCCUGCUGGCUUUGGUCCUCCUGUUAGUAAACUAACAGCCAAAUCAUCACAACUCCAUGGUGCCUCUAAUCUUCACCUCCCACUUUUUUGGCCUUCCUUUGGCCGUUAUUUAUCAAUCAUCUAAAGAAUCGUAUAGCUUAAUUCUUUUGUUUAAUUUUGUGAUUCUUAAUCUAUUAGUAGUACUUGACCUUAUCAAGAUAAUUCAGUCUAGUGGUGGGUGGUUUACACUCACCGAGCACUUUAUUAGGAACACUGUGCUAAUGUGUCAUUUAAGCAAUGAUUGAUUGGUAUUAACAGCCCCAAAGCCUGCCAAUAAAACAUUCCCUAUGCCAUUACACCACCUCCACCGGCCUGAACUGUUGACACAAGGCAGGUUGGUGCUGCUGUUGGCACCAAAUUCUGACCCCCUGUGUGCCUCAGCAGAAAUUGACAUUCAUCAGACCACGUUUAAUUUUUGCAGUCUUCAGCUGUCCAGUUUUGGUCAGCCUGAGUGCACUGCCGUCUCAGCUAUCUGUCCUUGGCUGACAGAAGUGGAACCCGACGUGGUCUUCUGCUGUUGUAGCCCAUCCACCUCAGAGUGGUUCUCUGAGUUACUGUAGCUUGUCUGUCAGCACAAACCAGUCUGGUCAUCAUCCAUUGACCACUUUCAUCAACAAGGCAUUUCCAUUAUGAGAACUGCAGCUGAUUGAGUGUUUUUUCUUCGUCGCACCAUUCUAUGUAAACUGCAGAUGCCAAAUGUCAGAGAUGACACUUUUCCUCAUUCUGAUGGUUGAUGUGAACAUUGCCUGAAGCUGCUGGCUCAUGCAUGAUAUAUGUGAUUGUGUGCACUGCACUGCUCCUACACGACUGACUGGUUAGAUAUUUGCAUAAAUGAGUAGGUGUUCCUAAUAAAAUACUUGGUGAAUGAUUGUUUGUACUGAUACAAAAGGAUGUUGACAGGGUCGGAAAUGGGCAGGAAUGCAUUAGUACAGCUUAAAUUUUGAAACAUAGGCAAUUGUUUUUAUAAGGAACUCUGCAUACAAUUGUUUUACUCUGUUCCUAAAGCAUCAAGGUUCUGUUGAACGCAUGCCAAAUCCAGCCUACAGCCCCUUAAGCCAAGUAAGGCAUUCUGCAGCU